AUGCAGGAAAGAGGAACAGAGCUUCUAGAAGGCUGCACAAAAGACGGGACAAUCGACAUGUAUGGAAAACCGGCCACCAGAGAAAAAACCGGUGGAUGGAAAGCUGGAUCACUUGUUCUUGUGAGUGAAGGACUAGCCGCGCUUGCAUUUACGGGAGUCGAAGUAAAUAUGGUCGUUUUCUUAAAAUCGGUACUGAGACAGUCCAACGCAAAUGCUGCAAACACAUUUAGCACGUGGAUGGGUACUCUCAACAUGUGCACUCUUUUUGGCGCUUUCUUGAGCGAUUCGUAUUUCGGGAGAUACUUAACUUGUGUCGUGUUCCAUGCUGUUCUUGUUAUUGGCUUGCUUUUGUUAUCCCUUUCGACUCAAGAAUUCAUGCUCCACCCAAAAGGCUGCGGCAAAAUAACCGAAAUCUGCAACCCUCAAUCACAGCCGAAAGUCGCUAGCUUUUACAUAUCAAUCUACCUUCUUGCACUCGGGAGUGGAGCUAUUGAACCGGCACUCGCCACACUCGGAGCCGAUCAAUUUGACGAGGGGGACUCGAACGAGAGCAAGUCGAAAAGCGCGUUUUUCAGCUACUAUUACGUGGCUUUGAAUUUAGGCUCGUUGAUUGCCGAGACGGUUUUAGUAUACAUCGAGAAUCUAGGCCACUGGGUGCUGGCUUUCUGGGUCUCGACAAUUUGCGGUUUCCUUGCAUUGACCUUCUUGCUGGCCGGCACAUUCCGUUACCGGCACACUCGACCGGUGGGGAAUCCUGUUUCUCGAUUCUGUCAGGUGAUUGUGGCUUGCUUUCGGAAGUUAAAAGUCGAGGUGCCUCUGCACGGACAGGGUUUGUACGACUCGGACGAGAAGGAUUGCUCCGGCCAGAGAUUGUCGCAUACGGAUGAUUUCAAGAUUCUCGACAAGGCAGCCGUCGUUACCGGGCACGAGGAGUUCCGGAAGGGCUCAGGCCUGGCCCGAAACCCUUGGCGCCUCUGCACUGCAACCCAAGUCGAAGAAGUCAAAUGCGUUCUUCGACUCCUCCCGAUAUGGCUCUGCGCAAUCGUGACCUCGGUCGUUUUUGUCCAAGUCCUUUCCCUUUUUGUCGAGCAAGGCUCGGCUAUGAACACUCGAAUCACGUCCGAUUUCCACGUGGCGCCCGCUAGCAUGACCGCUUUUGACAUCGUGAGCACGUCAACUUUCAUCAUAUGCUACGAGAAGUUGCUCGUCCCAUUUUACGUGAAGCUAGCCAAGAAAGAGCCUCGAGUCCCGACCGAGCUCCAAAGAAUGGGAAUCGGGAUGGCGGUCUCAAUUGUCGGCAUGUUGUCCGCGGGCCUCGUCGAGCAGGCCCGGCUAAGGCACGCCAAAAAUGGAGAGUCGAGCUCGUUGAGCAUUUUCUGGCAAGUGCCGCAGUACGUGCUCGUCGGGGUCUCGGAGGCACUUGUCUACGUGGCACAGUGGGAGUUUUUCGCAUCGCAGAUUCCGGAAGGUUUGAAGAGCAUCGGGCUCGGGAUGUCCAUGUCAUCAUCGGCUUUGGGAAGCUUUAUGUGCAGCGUGAUUUUGACGGUUGUGGUGAAGGUGACGUCGAGUGAAGGGAGGCCCGGGUGGAUACCAGCCGACUUGAACGAGGGUCAUUUGGAUCGGUUUUUCUUUCUCUCGGCCGGGUUGAUUGCUUUCGAUCUUGCGGUGUUUGUGGCAUGCGCGAAUCGGUUCAAGUGUAUGAAGAUGGAGAAACGAGACGAAGCUCGAGAAGUCGAGGCAGUUGAGGCUUGA